AUGCUUGACCCUCAGAAUGCUAAUCAUCUUUGGUUGCUUCACGCACUUUUCCUUGAUGAUGUCAAUCAGGAUUGCUCUAACUUUCAGGCAGAGUGGAAUUGCCAUCCAAUAUGGGAUCCUGACACGAACGACAAGAGUCCAAAGGACCUAUGGUUCCUGGGACAAACACUAUUUGGUGUGUAUUGUGAUGAUUGCAAGGGUGUUCACCCUGAUACUGGAGCGGGACAUCCUGCUGAUGAAGACAAAGAUGUAGAUGAACAGUUGCCUGACAUUAUCAAGUCAAUCAAUGAUCAGCAACAGCAGCACAUCCAUCAUGAAGCCAUUGGAGUUCCUUCACAUAGGAACACUUUUGGUGCUGACAAAGAGAUACAAGGGCAAUUUUUUGCUGUUCUUGCUGAAAUGAAUGGGAAGGUGAUGAGUAUCCUAUUUUUGAGACUAUAUGUGCUGGUUGACGAGGUUCAAAAGAGCUUCAAGUCUCCCUUGCAGAACCAAUUUGGUUUCAUAGAGUGA